AUGACGACUUUCAUCAACAACAGAGCAGUCCCCACUCCUACGUAUUAUCGGCAGCAAGCGUACAACUUGAAAUCCGGGGCAAAUGUCAGAGACGAUUAUGAAAUUCUCAACGAACAAUUCCUCUUCACAACCGUCCCCGGAGUCAUUGACGGCCUUUUCGAAUGGCCAGAAUGGUACGUUACCGAAGGCUACAAGCAAGUUACGGACAAGAACAUCUUGUUUCGGCCUCCCGCUGAACAAGCGCGCCGACGUCGUUUUGCGCUUGAAUCCCUCUUCAUCAUACGCAAUGCCGCACUGCACGAAACGAACGCCCGCGAUUUGGCCACCCAUUCACACACAGUGCCUCUCAUAAUGAAUGGCUUGCAUAAUCUUGACUCCCUUCGGGACGAGAACUGCGAAGCUCUCAUGCAUAUAAUCGACAUGCUGCAUGCCCUGUCUCAGUACUACAUCGUCAAGCCUUCCAGAGGCGAAAAAUGGAACCCCAUCCUUCCCUUGUUGCACAUUGUGUCACAAACAUCUAACCGAAGCCUUAUCAUCACAACACUGGCCGCACUGACAGCUCUGCUUUCAAACCCUGGAAAUGCUGCACAGAUCACUUCGACUUUCCCAGCUUUGACUGCGUCAAUCCGUUAUUUACCUCUUUUCCAAGACCGGCCCUUGGUCGAUGCUUGCCUCAACUACCUAUAUACCCACGUAUCCCAUCCGUCAAUGGCGCGUGCAUUUCUCCUCCUUCCGGAGAUGCCGGGAGUUCUCAAAGUGCUUGCUGGGCUUCUGAUCCAUGAGCAGCAUGGUCUUGAACAAACAUUUACUCUUGAUGUUACUGGGACAAUUCAUACUGUUUCAUCCACUUCACAGUCAACUAGGGACCACGAGCUCACGAAAGAGGAAUUGGAUAGUUUGCUUCCCAAAUCAGAACCACAGCGCUGCUACGACUGGAUGAGAACCAUGUUUGUUGCCAAGGCCGACGGUGAACUGACCCAAGUUGACUUUUGGAAUCUGUAUAAGGACGCCUUUUCUCCGCAUGCAGAACAGUACCCUCUUCUGGUUGCGUCCGACGUCAUCAAAAACGUCAAUAGUGUCUUUCCUCAGGCGCAAGCUAUGGUUAUGCAAGGCCCUGUCCAACGUUUCAUUGUGCGAGGAGUAGACAGGAGGAAAGAGUCUGCAGCAAAUGAAAGAUAUCGUUGCCAUUGGGACCGUUCCCAAUGCACUGCUCAGCCAUUUGCAACCCCAGGAGAGUUGUACGACCAUGUCUUGGAACACCUAGCGGCAACAGAAACCCCAGAGUUAUCCUGCCUAUGGUCAACCUGCUCGGCAUCCCUACCUACAAUGCACGCACUGCGUUUACAUGUCCUCACUCAUCUUUCCAGUGCCCAGCCUUCACAGAAGCACCCAUCGCAGAGUGAUACCAUCACUCUGCCUUCCGAGAACUACCCUUACCCUACCGAUAAUCCUACCAACCGCCCUCCCCCUCCUCCCCGCAGCACCACGAUAACCUAUGAGGUUCCCAUGAUCGAUCCGCCUUCGACCUCUCUACUGCCCUUUUGA